UUUUGUUCAUCUGAAUUUCUUUUCUUCUCGAAAUAGAUAAAAUAAAGAAAUAAUUUUGAAUUUUUGAUGGCCAUACAUCAAUUGUAAAAGCAAUGCGUUUGUUUCACAAAAACAGCAAAAAAACAGGAAAGAAAAGGAGAGAUUCACAUUCUGUCUGUGUUGUUUGUACAGAAAGGUAGCAAACAAGAGCUUCCCAUAGUUUCCCAUUGUCUAGAUUUUCCAUUGGAGAAGCGAGAGAGGAAAUGGGUAAUCUCUAGGUGUGGAUAUAGAGAAAGAGAAGGUCUUUGUUUAUUGUUUUAGUGAAUAGCAGAGAAAAUCAGAGAGAGAGGAUGGGUGGGGAGGAGAAUGACAUGGAGAUAGAGGGGGGGAUGGGGAUGGGGAUGGAGAGGGAGAGAUCAGGUGCAUCGUCAUCGUCGUCGUCGUUGUCGGUGAGAGAACCGCUUCUUCUGAGCAGGAGGAUCACCAACAACACCUCUCAGCUCGCCAUUGUUGGUGCCAAUGUCUGCCCCAUUGAGAGCCUCGACUACGAGAUUAUCGAGAAUGAUCUUUUUAAACAGGAUUGGAGAUCUAGAACAAAAACCGAGAUAUUUCAAUAUAUUUUCUUGAAAUGGACACUCGCACUCCUUAUUGGUUUAAGUACAGGGCUUGUUGGCUUGUUCAAUAACCUUGCUGUUGAGAAUAUAGCCGGUUUCAAACUUCUGCUCACGAACAACUUCAUGCUUAAGGAUAAGUAUUAUCAGGCAUUUGGAGCAUAUGCUGGUUGUAACAUGGUUUUGGCCAUUGCUGCUUCUGUGCUCUGUGCGUAUAUUGCUCCUGCAGCAGCAGGCUCUGGCAUACCUGAGGUGAAAGCUUACCUCAAUGGUAUAGAUGCUCAUUCUAUAUUGGCUCCAAGCACCCUCUUUGUAAAGAUUUUUGGUUCCAUUUUUGGAGUUGCUGCUGGAUUUGUUGUGGGUAAGGAAGGACCUAUGGUACACACUGGUGCCUGUGUAGCCUCUUUACUUGGACAGGGUGGUUCUCGCAAGUAUCGGUUGACUUGGAAAUGGCUUAGAUACUUCAAAAAUGAUCGUGACCGGCGGGAUUUGAUCACCUGUGGUGCUGCUGCUGGCGUAGCAGCUGCCUUCCGUGCCCCAGUUGGUGGGGUUCUCUUUGCACUGGAAGAAGCAGCUUCAUGGUGGAGGAGUGCUCUCCUUUGGAGGACAUUUUUUACUACAGCUGUAGUAGCAGUAGUUCUGAGGGUUUUCAUGGUAUUUUGCCGGAGUGGAAAAUGUGGACUAUUUGGGGAAGGAGGCCUGAUCAUGUUUGAUGUCAAUUCAGCAAAGCCCACUUACAGCAUCCCAGAUCUACUGGCAGUGAUAUUCCUUGGAGUUAUUGGAGGCAUUUUCGGGAGCCUUUACAAUUAUCUUGUUGACAAGGUCCUUCGCAGUUAUAGCAUCAUCAACGAGAGGGGUCCUUCACUUAAAGUCCUUCUUGCCAUCACCAUCUCCUUUUUGACCUCUUGUUGCUCUUAUGGCCUACCAUGGUUAUCACAGUGCAUUCCUUGUCCUACAAACUUGGGGGAUCAAUGCCCCACUAUAGGUCGCUCUGGAAACUAUAAGAAUUUCCAAUGUCCACCUAACCAUUAUAAUGACCUUGCCUCCCUUUUUAUGACUACCAAUGAUGAUGCCAUCCGCAACUUGUUUAGCUCUGGUUCUGACAAGGAAUUUCACCUCUCUACUCUUAUGGUUUUCUUUGCCGCUAUAUACUGCCUAGGCAUUGUCACUUACGGAAUUGCUGUUCCCUCUGGGCUCUUCAUUCCUGUCAUACUUGCCGGGGCCUCUUAUGGACGUCUUCUUGGGAUUCUCCUUGGUUCUAUCUCUGAUCUAGAUGCGGGCCUCUUUGCCCUACUUGGAGCUGCCUCCUUUCUAGGGGGCACGAUGAGAAUGACUGUUUCUCUCUGUGUAAUACUUCUUGAACUUACUAAUGAUCUAUUAAUGCUCCCAUUGGUGAUGCUAGUUCUCCUUAUUUCAAAAACUGUGGCUGAUAGUUUCAACAAGGGUGUCUAUGACCAAAUUGUGAAAAUGAAGGGGUUACCAUAUAUGGAAGCCCAUGCAGAGCCAUACAUGAGGCACUUAGUUGCUAGUGAUGUUGUUUCUAGUUCAUUGGUUACAUUUUCUGGGGUUGAAAAAGUGGGGACUAUAUUAUAUGCUCUAAAAAUAACAAGGCAUAACGGGUUUCCUGUGAUUGAUGAGCCGCCUUUCUCAGAUGCUCCCGAGUUGUGCGGGCUCGUUUUGAGGUCUCAUCUACUGGUAUUGCUUAAAGGAAAGAAGUUUACAAGGCAGAGGGUGAUGACUGGAUCUGAUAUGAUGAAGAGGUUCAAAGCCCAUGAUUUUGCCAAGGCAGGAUCAGGCAAGGGGCUCAAGCUGGAGGAUUUGGACAUAAAGGAAGAGGAGAUGGAGAUGUAUGUUGAUCUCCAUCCCAUUACUAAUUCCUCCCCGUAUACAGUAGUGGAGACAAUGUCUCUAGCUAAAGCUGCACUUCUCUUUCGAGAGGUUGGCCUUAGGCACUUGUUGGUUGUGCCGAAGACACCAGGGAGGCCUCCAAUUGUUGGAAUCCUGACACGACAUGAUUUCAUGCCAGAACAUAUAUUGGGGCUUUAUCCACACUUUGGCCCUCACAAGUAGAAGACCAAGCAAUCUACUUAACUCAAGUAUUUUUUGAUUGUGAUUGAUAUUGUAUUAUUGUUAUUUUCAUUUCUAGAUUCUUGAAAAUGAAACUUAUUGUUAUAACAAAUAAAACAUGAUGCCAUAUCCCCCCUCUUGCUUGACAUAGGGUAAAAUGAAUUUGUUGAGUUCAAUU